UUUUUCUUACAUUUAUGAUUUCCAUCUCUUUUUCAUUUUUAUCUCUCUCUCUUUAUCUCUUUUUCUUCUCUAUGUUUUUAAGAACAUCAUCAGUUAGAGAACAGAAAAUCAAGCUGCAUUUAUUCACCUCUCUCUCCCUCUCUCUCCCUCUCUCUCUCUCUCUCCCUCUCUCCCUCCCUCUCUCUCUCCCUCUCUCCCUCUCUCUCUCUCUCUCUCUCUUCAGCCACCUCUGAUGGGACGCUGGAGGGUUUGGAGAUGAGAGAAGGAGGAGCGUGCAGGACCAGAGAUAUGAAGAUCAUUAUGAAAGUGGGGCAAGAUCCGAACGCUCCUGAUCCGGUCCACACGGAGCCUCCUGAUCGGAACGUGGACAACGAGAUCAAAACCCCGACAAACAAACCCGAGAAGAAGAGAGAGAAAGACAGCAGAGAGAGAGAAACCUCAAUACCUGGAAACACAGACUCGAGGAACUCAGACUCGUUGGAGGGGAUCUUCGGUUCUAAGCCGGCUCUCUUCGCCUCCAUCGCUGCUGGCUGUUUGCUCUUCCUCCUCAUCAUCAUUGUCCUCAUCGUGCUGCUGCUCAAACUGCGUAAGAGGACGCGCAAACCGAGGGGCGGAGCCUCGCUCUCGCUCAGCACGCUGGCUGCCCCCAAGUGCUCCGCCCAGUCCGGUUCGGAACCCAGUGACAUCAUCAUCCCGCUGCGGCCCACCGAGGGCGGGUUCUGCUCGCACUACGAGAAAGUGAGUGGCGACUACGGCCACCCCGUCUACAUCGUACAGGAAAUGGGUCCUCAGAGUCCCGCCAACAUCUACUACAAAGUCUGAGAGACAGACGGGUGAAGAGACAGACAGACAGAGAGACAGAGACGGAGUGACCGACCUCAGAAAUAAAAUGUGCUCUCUCUCAUCCUGCUUCCCAACUUGUGCAUCUCUGUCUAUCAGCUGAACUAAAACAGGAAGCAGGAAGUGAGGAAACAGGAAGCAGGAAGUGAGGAAACAGGAAGUAGAGACUGAGGCGUGGACUUCAUUAAAGAAGGGCCUCUAGCCAAUCACAGAGAGAUGUGAUGUUGUGACGUCACAAAGCAGGAUACGAUUUUCCGAAUCAGGAAGUACUCAGUGCUCCAGACUCAGGCGUGAGCUCACAGCCAAUCACGGACAAGCUGAGUGAUGACAUCACAAAGCAGGAAAUGAUUUCCUCAUUUUUUUGUUGCUUUUAGUUUUUUUUUAUUUUAAUCACCACUAUUCACUCGUUUACUGAACUGCUGAACCACACACACACACACACACACACACACACACACACACACACGCUCACACACACACUGCUGAAGGAUGGCGUUGACUGAACUCAACCGAGGAUAAACACACACUUUGCUCACGUUACAGAAUGUGUGUGUGUGUGUGUGUGUGUGUGUGUGUGUUACUGCCCUUUUACAAUCUUAUCCUCAGUAUUUUCCUGUGUGUGUGAAAGAAUAAUAAACACAUUACAGCACAUUUGCCACUAAUUUGGGUCGUAUCAACAUCAAAUAAACAGAGAGACAGAAAGAAAGAAAGAAAGAAAGAAAGAGAGAGAGAGACAGAGAGAGAAAAAGAAAGAGAGAGAGACAGAAAGAGAGAGAGAGAAAGAAAGAGAGAGACAAACAUACUCUCUUCUUUAUUAACAGGAGAGAAAUGAAUGGAAAGAAAGCUCUCUCUCUCUCUCUCUCUCUCUCUCUCUUUCUUUCUUUCUGUCUCUCUGUUUAUUCGAGAGUUCCCUUUCAGAAAAAAACAACGAACCUUUGCUCUACGCUAGUGUUCUACACAGACUUUUUCCCGAGGUUCCCCGUACAGACAGAACCCUUUAAGACGUCUCCUUGGUAACAGGCUCCUCCUCAGAACCUUCAGAGCUUCUCUGUAGACACGGUUCCAUCUACAGCAAGGUUCCAGAGCAGAAAGACCUUCUGAGUAGAACCUUUAAGAACCUUUAACUGUUAGAACCCACCUCUCUGUAACACACACACACCCAUGCACACACACACACACAUGCACACACACACACACACACACACACACACACACACACACACACACUGCUGUUUCUGUGACUGUGUUUCUGUUCAUUUUUCCUCACACACUUUCAUGUGCAGUAUUUUAAAUACGUUAUAAAAUGUUUCAUCUCGUCUGCUGGAUUGUUACUACGUUACGUUACAACGUUAAAUUAUGACGUUAAACCCCACAGGACGGUUUUACUGUAACACUAACACGCUUCACACACACACACACACACACACACACUACACAUUAACAGUGUAAACACACACACUUUAACAGAUACGUGCAAUAAACACUAUGUUAAACUCAGUGUUUAGUGAACUGUUUAUAUUUUUACACUCAUGCUAACACACUAAUGCUAACAUGCUAACAUUAGAUACAUCCAUGGUCCUCCAUAUUAGAGCUCGGGAUGUGCUGUAGAGUGCGUAAGUCAAGAGAUCAAACACAUCGAAAAGAUCAAAUCGUAGAUCAAAUAACAGAUCGAAGACUUCAGAGAGAUCAAACAGCAGAUCAAACAGAGCUGAAACAUCAAAUACGUUCAAAUAAGAGAUUAAAGAGAUCAAAAACAGAUCAAAUAGAUCACAGAUCAAAGAGAUUACAUAACAGAUCAACAUGCCGGGACCGACUAAGUUUACUUUGUUACAUAAGAAGUGUAAUCUAGCAUGCUAAUAUUAGCAUGCUAACUUCUUCAUUAGCUAUGUUAGCUAGGUGUUUAGCUUGUUAAAACACAAAAAUGAAAUGAGGAUUGUAUUUUUUAUUGUUUGUAAGUUUAAAUGUGUAAAAACCCCGUGUGAGUUUAUAAUCCGCUGGGAAUUUCGCUAAGCUACAGCGUUGUUUCAGCGUUAUAUCAACGUUAUAUCAACGUUAUAUCAGCGUUUUUUUUUACGUGAACACAGUGAUGUCGUCAGAGCUCUAAUGUGGAGGGUUUCUCAGUAAUAUUCUUCAGUUCUUUACUUCCUGUUUGAGUCAAUGUUUGUUAGAGCAAAAAAUACUUCUGUAAAUAAAGUUUCUGAAAAUAAAACCAGUAAAGUUUGAGUUGAUCAGAGCGCCGUGUCUGAGAACACGCCCACAAACCACUCGCAUCUGAACACGUGUGUAUAUAGAGGAUUUUUGGAAAGUGUUGUAUGGUGUAACUUGAAUUUGAAAUGGAGCUGAGAAUCAAAGCGCGCACACACACACACACACACACACGCACACACACACACACGCAC